AAUGGUACCGGAAAGCGGUAAAGGGGAAUGGAAUUCUGGGCUGAGAUGGAUCGUGCUGAAUUGGUACCCACUUAUGGGUCUGAGGAUUCUGGCUGCGACUCGGAGAAGCAGUCUGGGAUACCUCCAGGUCCGUCGGUGGCUCAGAUCCUACCCCGGCAGAUAUUAGAUCUUAGUGACGAAGUUUUAAUGCUGAUUUUAGAACUUUUAGACCCAACUUCCUUGCUGAAUGCUGGGAGCACUUGUAGAACUCUGUACCGCGUCUGCCUGUCCGACUCUCUGUGGACAAGACAUUGCAGGUUCUUUUUUAGGCUAUCCUUAUGUGAUGAAACAUUCCCCCCAAAAGAUGCAUUCAGGCUGUUGUAUAUAUGGCACAAAGUGUACAGUACCUUGCCAUACAACAGACAGUUACAAGACUUGCUAUUUAAAACUUGCCCACCGCCUAAAUAUUGGACUCAGUGGUUGGUUUUGGAAGAGAUGGUCCCCUUGCCUCCAGUCCAACUUCCAGAUUAUGAGAUUGAAGAGCUGUGGGGAAUUAGUAAAGAAUGUGUUCUGGAGUCUCACAGAGUUUCAGAUGACCAGAGUACUGAGCAGCUGUACAAAUAUACCUGGAAAGAGUUGCACAACAUCGCUGUGUUACAGCAUGAGCACUUGGGAAACGUCAUGAAAUAUGUGCUCAGAAAACAGUUUGUAAACAGCCAUGAUGAGCUGGAAUGGAUGUAUCAUCAAUAUUGUCGGUUCAGAUUCCAGUGGAUGUUUGCAUAUUGGUUAUUUGGUGUGUCUAAGCCCUGUAGCAGAAAUCUGCGGAGAAUCUAUUUAUGGUGGCAAACAUACAGUAAGAAAAAAACAUUUUGUUGGGGUACGGCAGGAUGCGAUGUGCAGUACUUUGCUUCCCUGCAUCAUGUUACUGAGGAUUACUGGAGGGGAAAAUUAGCAAAAGGCGAUGAGACCCUUGGUAUUCGGACAGUAGAAAAUUAUUUCUCUAUGUGCAAGUCUUUGCUGGCAUGGAUUCUUGGUCGUAGCUGGGGAAGGCUGAAACAAAAGAAGGUCUACCUUGAUACUCUGGAGGGUGUUUACCGAGAACUGAAAUUAGAAAUGCAAGGCUCAUUGAUUGUCCAUGAACACUUCUGGCAGGUUGCCAAAGUGCAGAUGACAAGAGUUUGCAAGCUGGAAGAGACUGCUGUGAACUACGUUAACUGGAGAAUUAUAGACUCAGUUCCUUACUACAGGUAA